AUGGACGCUAACAAAGAUUACGAGGCGCAGUGCCUUGCGUCUUUACUGGAGAAGUUAGGAAAUGUGCGAGAAAGUUACAAUUCUUUGACAAGUAACUCUGUGGAGUUGAAAGCAACGCACAAGCCCCUGUACUUCGAGGAUGAUAUGGACCUCGACUAUGUAGAUGAAGAUAACGCAGACCAUGAUGAUAUGAAACUUGAUCUCAAGCCUGGUUUUGUCUAUGUAGGCAACAGACAAUACAAGGUGCAAGACUACCUUGGCGAAGAGUGGGUGGAAAAGUUUAUGAUAACUUUACACAAUAUCCCCUCGGCUGCGAAACCAGACUGUUUUGCUAUUGAACCUCAUCCUUGGCAGCUGCACGGAGCUGCUAAGCUUCACUACCUGUGCCAGUCAUCCUUCCGAGGAGGGAUCUGCGGUGACUCAAUGGGCCUAGGGAAAACACUUCUUGCGAUCACAGCGAUGGAAUUGGCUAGAGACGAGAGGGAGUCCUUUUCAUUAGUGGAUUCCGCGCCAAAAAUUCUGAUCCUCGACGAUGCAAAGACGACUGCAAGCGUGCUGGCUGAAGCUAAAUACGACAUCAUAAUUUGCUCCUAUCACUUUCUUAGUAACGCCCACCGGCGUCUAACUGAGUUCGAUGAAAGGUUGGCUUUGUAUAAGCGUGGUGCCGGUCCUCUACCCCCUCGCCCCGUCGGUGGCUUGCUGGGCAAAUUCUGGAAGUUGCUAGACCUUCCCGUAAAACGAAUGGUACUAGAUGAAUGUCAAACUAUCAAAAGGGAAGAAGGACGGUUCUUUCAAGCCGUUCGUUCAGUCUACCGCAGGGGCACUAUUCUCUUGUCAGGUACCAUACUCAGCAAUCGCUGGUUCGAUGUGGCGAACCCAAUCGCGAUGCUGUCAGGACAUCCAUUUGAUACCAGAAGCAAGUUCAUGAAUGCCCUUGCAGUGACAACUAAGAAUACCAGAGUCAAUGCCUAUGGAGAGCCCGACAUUGUCUCCAUCCAACGGCUUAUGUUGGCUUUCACUUUCGCGAGGCCGUCAAGUUGCUUGCUGAUGCCUGGUGCAGUAAUGAAUGAUGCGACGUUCGAAUUGACCGCUGAGGAACUUGUCAAAGUGACAGAGGCCACAAUCAGAUAUGAAAGAGCGAGAGCAUCCGUCCUUAAAGAAGGCGGCGAUAGCACAGAAAACAAGAAGGCUUUGGAGUUUGCCGUAGUCGCGCAGCUUCUUGCUGCCCAUAACUUCUUGACCGAAGACUCAGUAGCUGAUAUACCUAUAGCGACGGUAGAACUAGAAGGCGAUCCGGACCAGUUUCUCGUCCGCUUAACCCAGAUGAAUUCACAGGACCUUGGGUCGCGAAACAGAAAAGAAUGGCUAAAAUUCUUGGAUGAUACUAAUAUAUCAAACCUAAGGAAUUCAUCUCGAGUGCGCGCUAUAAUUCUAGUCCUCGAACACAUAAGAAAAACCUGGCCAGAUGAAAAGGUUGUAAUUUUUUCAACGUUCCUACGCUUCCUCGACGUCAUUUCCCGUGUAAUCAGAAGGACAUUUGGCGACAUCUGUCUGGAGUUCAACGGGACACUGGAUGUAAAUGCCAAGCAAUGCGUUCAAAACGCUUUCACUAACAACCCAAGCCAUAAAUAUAUGCUCAUCACAAGCGGAUCCGGGGGUGUUGGUCUCAACCUCCAAGAAGGAUCCAUCGUACUGCAGGCAGAAGUGUGGUGGAAUCGUAACCUUGAGCUCCAAUCCUAUGCCCGGUGUUGGCGCCAAGGGCAACAGAGAACCGUGAAGAUUUUUCGAAUGCUUGCCACUAACAGCCCCAUUGAUGCAUCUAUUAAAUCCUGCCAGACAGCAAAAGAAAAGGUUAACUCUACUAUCAUGGACGUGAUUGUGAAGGAGGAUGGUGCCGCUUUGCGCGUCCCGGUUUACCGGUCAUAG